AUGGUCGGCUCCCACGUGGACAUGGCGCCGGCCUCGACCGCCGAGGGGCCUGGGGAGAAACCCGGGCCCGCGGCCCCUGCCCCGCCGGCGCAGUAUGAGUGUGGGGAGUGCGGCAAGUCCUUCCGCUGGUCGUCCCGCCUGCUGCACCACCAGCGCACGCACACGGGCGAGCGGCCCUACAAGUGCCCCGACUGCCCGAAGGCCUUCAAGGGCUCGUCAGCGCUGCUCUACCACCAGCGGGGCCACACGGGCGAGAGGCCCUACCAGUGCCCCGACUGCCCCAAGGCCUUCAAGCGCUCGUCGCUGCUGCAGAUCCACCGCAGCGNGCUGCUCGCCAUCCACCAGCGCGUGCACACGGGCCUGCGCGCCUUCACGUGCGGCCAGUGCGGCCUCACCUUCAAGUGGUCCUCGCACUACCAGUACCACCUGCGGCUGCACUCGGGCGAGCGGCCCUACGCCUGCGGCGAGUGUGGCAAGGCCUUCCGCAACACGUCGUGCCUGCGGCGCCACCGGCACGUGCACACGGGCGAGCGGCCCCACGCCUGCGGCGUGUGCGGCAAAAGCUUCGCACAGACCUCCAACCUGCGGCAGCACCAGCGCGUGCACACGGGCGAGCGGCCCUUCCGCUGCCCGCUCUGCCCCAAGACCUUCACGCACUCCUCCAACCUGCUGCUGCACCAGCGCACGCACUCGGCCGAGCGGCCCUUCGCCUGCCCGGUCUGUGGCCGCAGCUUCGUCAUGGCCGCCUACCUGCAGCGGCACCUGAGGACGCAUGCCCCCGCGGCCGGCCCCCAGCCCCAGGCCCCGCUGGCCGCCGCCCCUGCCCCGUCGGCCACCCAGGAUGUGCACGUCCUCCCCCACCUCCAGGCCACACUCUCCCUAGAGGUGGCUGGGGGGACAGCCCCGGCCGCUGCCCCCGGCCCCGCCGCUCCCAACUCGCAAACGUUUCUCCUGGUGCAGACAGCUCAGGGCCUGCAGCUGAUCCCCAGCAGCGUCCAGCCGCCCACGCCCCCGCCCCCGCCCGCGCCACCCAAACUCAUCUUGCUGCCCUCCUCCAGCCCCGCUGGGGGGGGCAGCUGUGCCCGGCAGGGCCUGCGGGCCGCGGGGAAAGCUGGGCCGGGCGCUGGAGUAGUCUGGCUGCCAGGCUCUGGGGGUUUAGGCGUGCAGAGAGGAAGCAACGCUGGGGCGAACGUGGGAGGGCAGAGCCUCAUAGUUCUGCAGAACGUGGCGGGUGGGGAGACAGGCCCGCAGGAAGUGAGUGGGGUUCAGCUCCAGCCCCUUCGUCCAGCUCCUGAACUGACCACCGUCCAGCUCCAGCCGGCCCAGGAGGUGACCACGGUCCAGCUCCAGCCUGUGACGGGUCCGCUGUCCAGUUCCAGCGGGGGAGCCGUGACCACCGAGGCGCCUAAUCUGCUGGUGGUUCAGAGCGGGGCGCCCGAGGAGUUGCUGGCGGACCCUGGCCCAGGGGAGUCUGGCGAGGGCGAGGCCGGCCCCGGGGUGGUCCCAGAUGUGCUCUUUGAGACACUGCAGACGGAGGAGGGGCUGCAGAGCGUGCUGGUGUUGAGCGGGGCCGACGGGGAGCAGACCCAGCUGUGUGUGCAGGAGGUAGAGACCUUACCGUCGGGGCUGGCCGAGCCGCCCGCCUCCGGCCCGCCCGGACAGAAGCUGCUGAUUAUCCGCAGCGCCCCGGCCGCAGAGCUGCUGGAGAGCGGCAGCGCUGGGGGGGGCGCCGCUGCGCUGCAGCUGCUGGCGCCCCCACCGCCUGGCCCAGCCUCUGCUCCCGCGGGCAUUCCUGCGGCCCCGGGCCCCCAGAUGGUACAAGUGGUCCCCGCAGGAGCAGCACCCGGGGGCGUGGCCCCUCAGGGCCUGCCCUCCAUCCAGAUUGUCCAGACUCUGCCCGCGGUCCAGCUGGUGCACACGUUUUGAGUCGGACCACCGGUACCUCUUUCCGCCCCACACAGAGGCCCCGACCCCAUCUCCGCCUGAGCUGGGCUGAGGGGAGGGGAGCUGCAGGCUGGGCUUGCUAAUAAAGACCAGAAUCCCCUCUCGUGUGUUUUUUCUUGGUGGGGUGGGAGGUCAAUGACCAUAGCCACCACUUGGGAUCUGGGGAGUCUCCUGCUUCCUGGUUCGCAGGUGACUUUGCGUCUUGGGGCCAGCCGCUGCUCCUAUGUGGGGGCCCUGUUUAUCCAUUUUUUAAGAAGAGGGACGCAACGGUCACUAUGGGGGAGGCGCUGGAAUCUGGAAUCCUGGUUCUGCCGCUUGUUCUCUGUAAGUCACCGCACAGAAAAAUAGGUGGAUGGCGGAAAUGCGUAUCCCGACUGUCACUGACAACCCGGGUGGGCAGUUUGGGAACCUGUGGGUCUGAGAUGCUGUCGCGGCCGCGCCCGCGGAAGCCCGGGAGCCAGUGGGAAU